AUGGCAUUAAAUACAUUAGUUAAUUCUGUUGAUAGAAAUAUUGUCUUUAAUGAUUUGUUAUUUUAUAUAAUCAACAAAAUUGAUAUUUUCGAUAAUAUUUUGUAUGAAAAAUGUUUUGAGUUUUACGUAGCAGCUUUUAUUUCUGAAUCCAAAGAACUUAUUGCAACGGAAUUGGGAAAGCAUGUUGAAAUUAAAGAAAAGAAAACAAGAAAACUUCAAAGUUCCAAAACUAGCCCAAAAGCUGAGAUCGAAGAUAUUGUUAACUUAUUGAAAUUAGCAAAAAGAAAAAGGGAUUUGUUUGAAAAGUUCAUGGUUGUCGUUAAACCAAACGACCAGAUUAUGCACAAUGAUAAAAAUUCAACAAGUACGAAAAUUGAUUCACUAGCAAAUUCCAUAGAAAAUCUUUCCGCUAAAUUUGAAAAUAUUAAAAUUCCUAUGGCGUCGCAUGAUACUUCCCAUGUUGCUCAGCACCAAAUGUCGUCACUACAUCAGCGUCAGUUUCAACAACAACCGCAAGGUAACCAAAACGACUGA